UGGCAGGACAUUUUAAGCUGUGCAGGCAGACAGCCUCUUCGGAGCCACAUCCCUGCUCUGCCUACCUCCCAGCUGGAUGCUCCUCUCUGCCACACCGUCCCUGGAGAGCCGGAGAGGAUGGACACGCUGCGAAGGAGCCUUUCCCGCUGGAAGAGGUACCACAUUAAGGUGCACUUGGCUGAUGAGGACCUGAUGAUGCCGCUGACCGUCAAACCCAGAGACACAGUGAUGGACCUACGGGCUUACCUGGUGCGGGAGGGCGUCACUUCCUGGAAGAAGACAUUUUAUUACAACUCCAGGCAGCUUGAAGAGCAUGAGACUUUGAAAGAAGCCAAUAUCCAGAAUGGCUCAGUCCUGCUUCUUGUCAGCAACAAAAGGUAG